GGGCGGCCGGGCCAGUUAGAUUUGGCGGUUCGACUCCAACAUGGCCGAAGCUAGCAACGCCGAGGCGGGCGGCGAGUGUGCGGAAAGAGGGCCCGAGGGGCCGUCCCCGGAGUCGGUCCCCCCCGGCACUGCCGUCUCGAGGGUGAAGCUCCUCGACACCACGGUGGACACUUUCCUCCAGAAGUUGGUCGCCGCCGGGAGCUUUCAGAGAUUCACUGAGUGUUACCAGCGCUUCUACCAGUUGCAGCCCGAGAUGACACGGCGACUCUAUGACAAGUUUAUAACCCAGUUGCAGACAUCGGUCCGGGAGGAGGUGGCUGAGAUCAAAGCGGAGGGGAACCUGGAGGCCGUCCUGAGCAACUUGGACGCCAUCGUGGAGGAGGGGAAGGCCCGCGAGGAGCCGGCCUGGCGCCCCAGCGGGGCCCCGGAGAAGGACAUGCGCAGCGCCCUGGCGCCCUACCUCCUGCAGCAGCGGGACACCCUGCAGCGCCGGGUGCAGAGGCAGGAGGUGGAGAACAAGCAGCUGGCGGACGCCGUGCGGGCCGGACGCAGGCAGGUGGAGGCGCUGCAGAUGCAGAGCCGGGCCCGGUGGCAGGCCUGGCAGGCUGUGCACCGAGGACAGAAGGAGCUGGCGGCCGUGCUGCGGGGGCCUCAGUGAGCGGAGCCCGCCGGCCGGGGAGCAGGCGGCCGUCGAUGGGCCUGCGCGAGCCUGCCGGGAACAGCUGGAGUGUGACCCAUCCCCAAGCCGGGCAGCAUGGGGGGCCGCGGCCUGAGCGGUCCCCACUGUCACUGUGCCUUGGGGCUCCCUCGGGUCACAUGUACUACCUUUAGGUCACCCUGUUUUCUUCUGACUUGGCGUCCUGGCCAGCGCCCUACUGUCCUCUGGCUUGCCCCCCGCCCCCCGCGGUUCUGGAGCACCCCCCCUCCCCCGGACCUGGCUCGGGAACCUUUUUUUUUGUCUCCGCUGAUUGCCCCCUUGCCGGCCAACACAAAGGCCCCUGCCAUGUCCUCCCACAUCUGUAAAUAAACUUCCUGGCCACACUGUAA